GAGAGCCGAGAAGACAGCUCCAGGGCUACCCAGCCCGCAAAGAAAAACCAAAAUGGUCGAGUGCGAGGUUGACAGGAACGAGAAGGACGUUCUUGGAAACGUGGCGAAGGACGCCCAGAGGAACGGCAAGCUUGGGGCCAAAUCCACGCAGCGCGCUGGCCUUGCUGCUCCGCAGAAGUCUUCAAAUGCCUCCCAGAGAGCGGCAGUGGCUCGUCCGGAGCAGCUGAGGAAGAACGCCAAGCUUCCUGUGGGGCUUGUGCCAAGCGUGAGCCGCUUGGCUCAGACUGCAGAGAGGCUCCCAGCUUCAAACUCGGGUCACCUAAAUCCAGAAAGGAACAAGAAACCUUCCCAGAAGACUGUCGCCACCCCAGCACCAGGGACUGGAGGUGACCAGCCCCAUCCUGGGGCACCUUGCUCCCAAAACGAGGGCUUGUGGGACAGGCUGGUCGGAAACAAAGAAAAUGUCCAAGCGCAAGCAUCUGUGCGCCCCGUGCUGAACAGAGCUUUUCAGUCUCGUGGAAACAACCUCGAGAACAGGAGAGUCUGGGCUCACCAGCAAAGCUCAGCCACGAUGUCAAGAACCGUCCCAGGCACACAGGACAGAGCUAGUAGCCGCCAGGCUAAGGAAGAGCCGAUUCAGGAUAAAUUCAGGAAAACUCUGCCAGGCUCAAAGAGUGUGCCUCCGAAAACAAAUACCAAAACUCAGCCAUUGCAGCCCCCUCGGUUACUUACUGCUUCUGCCAAUUUGCUAUAUAAAAAUCCAGGGGAAAACCAGGGGAAAACCAAUAUGGCGAGGGGACCCGUAGGAAAGCCGCUCGGUGUGCCUCCAGCAGGAAAUCUGAAGCCCUACAAUAGGCCACUGCAAAUGAAAAUACCUCCCGCAAAGCCUCCACAGGCUCCUCCAACCCUGAAACCCAGCCUGAAGCCGAGUGGAACCGUGCCCUGGCAAAGGCCCUCGACUAAAUUGGGGACAGACAGGAGGGAUGUGAAGGUGGUGCCUCCCGGAUGCACGGCGGCAUCCCGACCGACGGUCCCUCCAAACCAGCCUCGCGGCACAUACGGCUCCAGAACUCAGGCCAGAGCGAGCAAUUUUGGGUGUAGGCGCGUUCCCAAGACCCCGUCGGCUGCAGAUCGUAAGAAACAGCUGGAGGAGUGGUUGGCAUCCAAAGGCAAGACAUACAAGCGGCCGCCUAUGAUGCUGCUUCAGAAAAAGCAAAUUCCGCUGUCCCGCAGAAAUGUCAAGGAGAAAGAGAAGCGAGAGAAACCGGAGCAGCAACCCCUGGAGAUGAUCGACAGCAUCUUGACUGAGUGCCUGAAGCUCGCUGAGGAGGGUGUCGAUGCAGAGGAGCUCUCUGCCGUGCUGUCCCACGUGCCUCAGGCCGAGAAAUUCGCCAAGUUCUGGAUCUGCAAAGUGAAACUCCUCGCCCGGAGCGGCCCUUUCGACGUGAUAGGGUUGUACAAAGACGCCGUUUGUGCUGGUGCGGCG